AUGGCAACGGCGUCGUUUAACAUGCAAUCAGUCUUCGCCGGUGGAUUGACCACUCGCAAGAUCAACACCAACAAGCUUUUCUCCGCCGGAAACUUCCCUAAUCUCAAGAGGAAUUAUCCCGUGGGAGUGAGGUGCAUGGCUGAGGGAGAUCCCACGAAAGACGAGUCUGCACCUUCGACCUCGGCGGCUCAGCCUUUGCCUAAGUCAUCGUCACCUCCUCCUCCUCCAACUCCUAUUAAACCUAAGGUGAGCACCAAGUUUACCGACUUGCUAGCGUUUAGCGGUCCAGCACCAGAGAGGAUAAACGGACGUUUAGCGAUGGUUGGGUUCGUUGCGGCGUUAGCGGUUGAACUAUCCAAAGGUGAAAACGUUUUCGCUCAGAUCUCCGACGGUGGAGUCUCGUGGUUCCUCGGCACAACGGCUAUCUUGACUCUCGCGUCUCUUGUGCCGCUUUUCAAGGGCAUAACAGUCGAGUCAAAAUCCGACGGUUUCAUGACGUCAGACGCUGAGCUUUGGAACGGGCGUUUCGCUAUGCUCGGUUUGGUCGCUUUGGCGUUCACUGAGUUCGUCAAGGGUGGGACCCUUGUCUGA